AUGUCGAGGGGAAGAUUUCGUACGCGCGACUGUACAUCGGGAGGAAGGAACUGGAAGCAAAUCACAGUUGGCGAACAGACUGUGACUAUCAGACUUAUUAGCGACAGAGCCAUAGAAGAGCCGAAACGAUCCGGCGAAUAGAGAUAUGGAUUUAUCUGAAGUGUGGGCGAUUUUCGGGCCAGCUGUUGCAGGAGCUGUUUUCGGUGCAGGUUGGUGGUUCUGGAUCGACGCUGUCGUUUGCAGCUCUGUUACUGUUUCUUUCGUUCACUACCUUCCCGGCAUAUUUGCAUCGAUUGCGGCGGUGAUGUUCAAUUGUGUUAGAAAGGAGGACAUCGAUUAUUCUCCAUACGACGAAGGGGAGUGGAGGUUGAAGCUUUGGCUUUUCUUUGCUUAUGUGGUAUCAUUCGUCUCUCUAGCAGCCUCAGUUGGCCUAUUAAUACAAGAUUCACUCGUGAAAACUGGUCCUUCAUCCUGGACAGGAACUGCUGGUGUCUUGCAGUGUGUGUUUGUGUUGAUCAGUGGGCUGAUUUACUGGACGUCACACUCGGAGUAAAUUGUGUUGAUAGAAUUCCAAAAUAUGCUUGCCAUUUGGAGCUUCAGAUCGCAGAUGAGGGAGUGAGAAUGUAUGUUGUUUCACCUUACCUACUGAAUGUGACCAAAAAGACAAGCAAAAGAAAAAAAUAAUCCUGUAAAUGUGUAUUCUGUUGUGAAAAUCAUUAGCAAAUUUGUGAUGCUAGUGCAUAUGCUUUAUUUCUUCCA